CUUGCUCAUGACGCUACAGCCAAGAAGGUACAUAGUGUACUUACUUCUGCAGUGACAACCAGUCCCUCCAGUCCCUCCAAGUCCCUCUCAAUUCUUUUAUGGGAUUCGCAGCAGAAUAGUUUUUUUUCUCUUCUUCCUUGUCCACUGCCUUGCUUGAAGUGGAUACCUAGUAACUAUGAUGCUUGUCCCAGUAUGGUUUGUACCUCUAACCCCUGCUGAACAACCCCCCCCAAGUGAGGAACAUUUCUGCAGGUUUUUUUUUUAUUCCCAUCACGCACACGCCCACUUCAAAAUAUAGGCAACCUCUCUCAAGCCAUCUUGCCGCCUUCUUCACCCAAUACAAACCGAAGCCACUACUUUGCUUUUCCCUGUCUUCGAUUCGUCAGUUUAACAUCGCUGUCGCGAUAUCAUCGUUGUUUUUCCCACCGCCUUUCCCCAUUUCUCCCUCAUCUACCUUGAUAUUCGCAUUCCUAGAUCCCUAGUAACGAUAUCUUUUCUUUAUCUUCCCUAAUCUUCCCUAAUUCUAUACCUGGUCCCCUUGGUCUCACUCGCCUCUUAAACUCUUUGCCGUUGGUGUUUCGCCUGCGAGUCAGUUACAAGUACUCCAUUCCCUUCAUGCAGAAGCAAUCGAUAUAGAAUACAACAAUAUCUGUGUACCCUUCGUCAUUUGCUCUCCUACUUGCCCACCAUGCCGUACAAUACUCGUCGCAAAUCGUUGUCUUUACCGUCUCUCGGAAUUCACAUACCAGUAAAUCGAUCUUCGCCUAAUAACUCCAGUAUGGCGUCCUCCAGAUCAUCUUCCGAGAGCUCGUCGCAUCCGAAUAAGAAGUUAAAACGUUCUCACAAUGAUUCUGCGCUCUCUUCGGCUGCACCUGCUUCCAAACGGAUAGCGAGUCCCGCCAAGUAUGAUCGCACGCCGCCACCAUCGCCUGGUCUUCAAGUCUCCAUUGAGAUGGACGAGUCUGACCUGUCCGAAUCUUCAGAGAUAAAGAAAGUCGAUUUAGAAGGUAUAAACGACGAGAUUGUUGAGGCCGUUAUCUUGCGAUUGGAGGAAACUCGCAAUCGACCUCACUUAGUCAAGGAGUUAGCUACCGCCCUCAUGGACCAAGUUAAGAUCGUUCAACAAUCUGCGAAUCCUUGCGCCAUCAUUUCUUCUCGACUUUCUACAUAUUUGAAGCGAUCAUGUUGGUCUGCUGUAGCGCCUUGUCCUUUGGCUAAGGAGUUAGAGACCGUUCACCCAAGACGCACGUAUUUUUAUCUGACCACAUGUCCCCAUUUACCUCUCCCAGACCCCACAGCUCAACGUGCCAUUAUUACACCAUCACUUUCAAGCUCGGCUUCCACUUCCGAAGAUGCCGAUUGCGACCGGAGAAGAGAACUCAGCCUCUCGCCCGAAGUUGAUCUGUCUUCACCUGAGUUCGAUGAUAUGGAUGAGGAUAUUCCCAUGCCAAGCACUCCGAUGGGUUCAGUGUCUGGGCGCCAUCGGCCACUUAACGUACCCCGCAACCCAAGAGGGGACGAGCCGCCAUUAGAGAAGGAUGAAAAAGAGUUCACACAGACAGCAGACGGUUUGCAAAAACGGAAAGCUGGCGGUCAUUUGCUUCGGGUCGACCCCCUCGACCAAGCGCCUAUAGAUGAUGGCAUGCAAAACGAACAGCUAUUUGGCGAACCGCCAAGGACUCUCGCGCCGAGUCUGCUGCCGCAUAUGGUGUUCAUGACCAGUCCCGCAAUGCGACCUAGCAUGAUGCUACCUGUGAAGAAAGAUUCCGAAGCAGAAAACUGGGCUAAGCUAGACUCCAUCCUGGACUGGGAUAGAAGUCCCGAGACCGUCGAGUUAGAUGAACUGGAUGGUUUACUUGACGACUACUGAACGCCUUUUAUUGGUCAAUUUUCCCAUCUUAAUUCUUUAUUUUAUUACCAUUUAACGAACAAGCUAUCCGUGCAGCUGGCAAGCAUUUAGCUAUGUAUGAUGAGACGGAAGACGGCCGCACCGGUGAUUUAAAAGGAGUUGGGCUGGGGCGUUGGCGGCGCAUCUGGGGUCCUCGCAUUCUGCAUUUAUUCCUCUCAGUUCAUUUUGCCACUUUUCACCAUUAUUUCGUUAGUCAAUGGUUGAGCAUCCACCGCUCACGUACGUUGAUGACUGGAAGGGGAGUGUACGAAUAUUAUUAGAUGAGCGCGCUUAGAUGACUGCUUCCGACUGCUCGGGUCGCAUGGAGGGCGACCCGGGGGGUAUCCAACGGACUGAAACGGCUGUCGGCGGUUAACAAAAAAGGAUAUGCAGGCGGGUCUAGGAGGGUAACAUAGCGAUUGUCCUUUGCCAUUUGAUUUCCAUAAGAAGGAAAUCGAUAUGUACAAUUAGAAGACCACACAAAAAGAGCCGCGAAAAAAUAAAAAGGCUGGUUGGUUAGAAGAGACACUUUAGAAAAACCCCCAGUCAAAGACGGAUCGAAAUGUCAGGAGCGCAUUGGAACAAACAAAAAGGAAACCAAAAAAGGCGCUCAAAAAAUUAAAAUGAAAUCCCCGUUCAAAAGUUAU